AUGUCGACAACUGUUCUUGUUCCAUCACAUAAUGGCAUGCCACGAACACUUAAAUGGGCAGCUCAUCACACUACCGAAUCAGGGAACAUGCAUAAGCAUCACACUACAGCUACCACGCCACAACUUACCCCCUCGUCAUCAUCCACGUGCCCAGCACCCCUUCCCUCAGAACAACAAGAGAUAGUCAAACUUGAAUCUGAGCUCACAUUUACAUAUGACACACUCGCCACAAUCAAUGUCAUGUUUGACAGCUUACAACAUGCCUAUGCGAGUAGCGAAUCUGAAAUGGAGCGUCUACGCAAUCCAUUGCGACUAAGUGAAAAAGAAAAAGAAUUACUCGGUGCAUACGACGAUCUUGGUCUUCAAGUUGUUCAUCUCGAGCGUCAAAUUGUCAAGCUUGAGAAAAAGCUCAAGGAGUUGAAAUCACAAGAAGCAUAUAACAAAGAAACACCGGGAGCAGAAGCUCCAUUGUCGACACCGAUAUCAUCGGCCAUUGAUACCUUAUCUCCAUCACCAUCAUUACCAUCACCACCUAUUGUUCCGGAUCAACAAAACUAUUUUAACCAUACUACUCCAAUAAUUCAUCAACAGCAACAGCAUCAGCCUGUUGAUCUACCACCACAACAGCAGCCGAUGGAUAUGAUGUUUACGUAUGAAAGUGAAGCAAUGGCAGCCUAUGCUGCUGCAGCUGCUGCAGCUUCGGCAACGACCAUGCAAAUGGCUUUUACAACAGAACAAGCAGCCACCGGAGGUGUGACUACGCCAAUGGACGAGGAUCCAGCAGCAUCACCAUUUUUCUAUAUGCCACAAGAUCCGAUGUUCUUUGACAUGUUCAGUGACCCAGCCUUGUACAGCUUGACAUGCUACAACAUGGAUGUUGUUACGCCGUCUCAACAAUAUACACCAAUGUUAUGGUCCACCACCAAUGAUCACAUGCCCCAACCACCACCACCACCAUCCUAA